AUGAAGUUGCACGGUCUAAGUUUGCUAUAUCUCACAGCGAGUGCAGUAUUCGCGAACAAUGUACAUAAGCGAUCCCUAGAUUCACCCGAGGCUGCUGCUCCCCCAUCCAACGCAGAAGCGUCACUGGAAAACAUUGAACUUCCUCCAACAUUGGGGAAAGAAGAUUUCGAUGCAGUCACUAGUCAAAAACUAACCCUUGUUGAGUUCUAUUCACCAUAUUGCCUGCAUUGUAAAAGCUUUUUCCCCACAUGGCAAAAAGCCUAUAGGACAUUCAAAACCAAAUUUGCUAACUUAAAUACCGAUAUGAGACAGGUUAACUGUGUUGAGAAUGGUGAUUUAUGUGAACGUGAACAGAUUGAAUUCUACCCAAAUAUUCUUCUAUACGCACCAAUUUUGGAUAAAGAUGGCAAAACCACUGGCAAAUCAAAAAUGAUUGGCUCGUUUCCAAGAACUUUGGAAAAAAAUGAAGCAAACUUGAUUAGCUAUAUUCAAGAGUCGGUAGCAGACUAUGAUCCGGCAUCAGCUACUAUGCCAUCAGCGUCAAAAGAGAUGAAUGUUGACGAAAUAUUGAAAGCCAUCAGUGGAGAAAUCACCAAGCCUCUCUUUAUUUCAUUUUGGCAAGCAAAUAAGAAGCAAUGGGAUAGUGUUGAUCAUGGUGGGAAAUUGAGGUUCAGCGACGACUGUAUCGAUUGUUUACGCGUAAAACAAUUGUGGGAUAAAUUGAGUAACAAGAUUGUUUCAUUAGCCGAUUCGGGUCACUUACUAUGCCAAGACUACCCCAAAGUCUGUGAAAGAUUGGAAUUGGAUCAGCUCAAAGAUGCGAAAAAGUCACCACCGAGAUUUGUCAUGUUUUUGCCAAAAGAUAGGGGGACUAUAAGAUUCGAUUAUGAUGGUCCAAUUGAUGUUGCAAAGAUGAAAUGGUGGGUCAACAAACUUUUUGUAAAUAGUGCAUAUGAAGUUGUAUCAGCAAGAGGAAUAACCGAAGUUAUGGAAUUUACCAAAACCUUAAGACAUGAACCAUUUGCUCAAAAUUACCCAUUGAAGAGUAAAGUUACAGUUGUUUUUUUCUUUGAUGUGGAUAAUGUAACUCCUGAAGAUGAGGCAAUUUUGCCAUACAUGUUGCGAACAUUACAAAAGUCACCAUUUAAUAUCCAGUUAUACAAGGGUAAACAUAAACGAAUUCUUGAAAACAUUCAAACGAUGGGUGAAAAUUUGAUUCCAUACAUCAACUAUGACGGGCUGGAAAAGUAUGAGUUUAAUGAAGCUAUGCAAAUAGCCACUUCUAUAACUGAGGUUCCUACUAUCGUUGUAUUGAAGGAAAACUGUUUAAUUCCAGAGAUUUAUCAAAAUUUUGCUCUUGAGCAAAUGAGGAAAUAUGAAGAGAUUGAAAAAUUCCUUGAACGUGCACAAUAUCCAUUCAUUGCUGAGUUGACUCCAGAAUUAGUAUCGGUAUACUUUGUUGACCAAGAUCGCGCGGAAGACAUUAAGGAUGCAAAAGUGGUUAUAAUCUUUGUUGACUUGGAUAAUUUGAAAGCGACGGAUGAAGCGUUGUACAAGUUGUCAUUGGUGGCUCACGAAUACAACUUUCUUAAAAAGAGCUACUACUUCAACCAAAUCCUUGAGCAAAGAGUAUCAAAAGAACAGGAAGUUGAGAAAUUGAAAGCUAAGAAUGCUGAAACAUUAACAAUCAUGACAACAAUGAGAAAACAAGUACCUCACUUGUUCAACAAUGAUGAUGUCGUAUUUACAUUUAUCAACAAACAAACCCUGAAAAAUUUCCGAUAUGUGAGAGGAUGGAGGAUUAGACCCGACGAUUAUGAAGUUGGUGAUGCAGUAGUAGUUUCAAAAGAUCACCGAUAUUUCUGGGAUACAGAUUUAAGCAAUAACAAAUUAAGAAAUGAACCAAAACAAAUCAAACUGGUGCUAAUGUCUCUAUUACACAAAGAUAACAAAGUGCAGUUGAAAUUUGUUGGUUCUCCAUAUGGUGGAGUAUUAUAUUUCAUGAACUAUGUUCAUGAUUUUGGAAUUGUUGGAUAUUUAGGACUCAUUGUUGUUAUGUAUGUGUUGAUUUAUAUAUCAAUGAGAUUGAGGAGACGCAGGUAUAGAUCGCCAGGUAUAAUUGGUGUCAAUAAUGGCGCAUUUUUACCUAGGAAGCUGAAUAAGGACUAG